GGCACAUUGAGCCAGCGUGGGAAAGCGUAGAGAAGACGGAGCUCACAGACAAGCAUUGCAUAUUCUGGGAUUGAUGGGAAAACCAUAAUGGGGGGAGCAGAGACACAGUAACGCGAAGAAUAUAUUCAGCUUCAUACAGUGAUCCCUAGGAAAAAAGCAACAAAAAAAACGCACUGCAUAAGCUGCGCACACUGAUUUGGGCGAGGAAAACGCACCCCCCUCCCUCUCUCUCUUGGUAGUUGAUCUAUUUGAGUUGCAGUGGUGGUACCGCUGGAGGAUGGGGGCUCGUGCGUGCACCAUGUCUCUACCUGUGUGGCCCUGAAGACGGACAGUGAGAGAUCUGUGCCGUGUUUGCAAACAUCGGCUUGCGAAGACACCGGUUCCUCAUCGCCUGUUUCAGAAGAACAAGUCACAGCAGAAUUUUAAGUAAAUAAAAAAGACUGUAGCCUACACGUGCCAGAGCCGUUUUCCCAAUGAUGCCCCUGUAAAGAAUCUUCGUCGGGAUUCCCCGCAGCAGGCUGCAUUGAACUGAGGAGCAAUACGUUUUUAAGAUGGACAAAGAAAUAGUCGGUCAGUCCUAUGAGCCUGUUGCCGAGAUAGGUGAAGGUGCUUAUGGAAAGGUGUACAAGGCUCGGGAUUUGAAUAAUGGGGGUCGCUUUGUCGCCUUAAAACGAGUGCGGGUACAAACAGAGGAGGAAGGGAUGCCUCUCUCCACCAUUCGCGAGGUGGCAGUGCUGAGGCAACUGGAAUCCUUUGAGCACCCCAACGUUGUCAGGCUCUUUGACGUGUGCACUGUAUCCCGAACCGACCGAGAGACCAAACUGACUCUGGUGUUUGAGCAUGUGGACCAAGACCUGACCACAUACCUUGAGAAGGCGCCAGACCCAGGGGUACCCCCCGAGACGAUUAAGGAUAUGAUGUACCAGCUGCUUCAGGGUCUGGACUUUCUUCACUCUCACCGUGUUGUGCACAGAGAUCUGAAGCCACAGAACAUUCUGGUAACCAGCGGUGGUCAGAUCAAGCUGGCUGACUUCGGCCUGGCGCGAAUAUACAGCUUUCAGAUGGCACUUACCUCAGUGGUGGUCACCUUGUGGUACCGAGCCCCUGAGGUGCUGUUACAGUCCAGCUAUGCCACACCAGUAGACUUGUGGAGUGUGGGCUGCAUCUUCGCAGAGAUGUUCAGAAGGAGACCUCUUUUUCAAGGGAAAUCAGAUGUUGACCAGUUAGGCAAAAUAUUUGAUGUGGUAGGGGUCCCGUCUCUGGAAGACUGGCCGCAGAACGUGGGUUUGCCUCAAACUGCUUUUGCCCCUCGCCCUCCCAAACCAAUAGAAGACCUGGUUCCUGAUAUGGAUGAGCUGGGGAGGUCUCUCUUACUUCAAUUCCUUUCGUUCAAUCCCUCCAGAAGGAUAUCGGCCUACGCUGCUCUGUCCCACCCCUAUUUCCUGGACCUAGACAGUCCCAGUAAGAAUCUGUACAACCAGCCGUUCACCAGCAACAAACGCUCCCUGGAGGAGAGGACUACCGAUGCCUUUAGUCGCUGUGGAGUAAGCGACCGGGGCUCCGACUCCAAAACCCCCCAGAACUAGUCUGUCACAGCCAUGUUGUGGAUGCUGCUUUGUUUCGUUUUUUAUUUUUAUUUUUUGUAGAAAGAAUGACUUUGAUUCUGAUUAUUUUUUGAAAAGACAAAAAAAAAAUGCAAACAACACAAAAGAGAGAUAUGAACAAUUGGCUGGUCUGGUUUGUUCUGCUCGUUUUAAGUUUGAUUUUUCUUAUUUUUUUCUUGAAGACCAGGCAGCGCCCCCAGAGCAAAAUUCAGAGCACUGGAGUAGACAAGAGAAAGACUCCACAAGCUCUCUGCUUCGUGCUCACUCCCAAGGGGGGUGGUGAGAAGGGGGAAA